GGUCGGCUGGCUGUAGUCUGCGUAAGGCUGAGCAGACACACGUCAGUGCUCCGAGUUAGUUUCCCCUGGUUUUCAGUCCCAGUCCAGCAGCGACUCGGGCGUCUCGAUCGACAUGGCGGACGACGCGACGCGGAAAGUGGUGUCGGAGAUCCCGGUGCUGAAGACCAACUCCGGGCCCCGAGACAAGGAGCUGUGGGUGCAGCGGCUGAAGGAGGAGUACCUCGCCCUCAUCAAGUACGUGGAGGCGAACAAGGCUUCCGACAACGACUGGUUCCGCCUGGAGUCCAACAAGGAGGGCACCCGCUGGUUCGGCAAGUGCUGGUACGUCCACGACCUCCUCCGCUACGAGUUCCAAGUCGAGUUCGACAUCCCGGUCACCUACCCGGCCACGGCGCCCGAGGUCGCCAUCCCGGAGCUGGACGGCAAGACGGCGAAGAUGUACCGGGGAGGCAAGAUCUGUCUGACGGACCACUUCAAGCCCCUGUGGGCUCGCAACGUCCCCAAAUUCGGGCUGGCCCACCUGAUGGCGCUGGGCCUCGGCCCGUGGCUGGCGGUGGAAAUCCCGGAUCUGAUCAGCAAAGGCUUGGUCGUGCACAAGGAACAGCAGAGCGGUUGAUGAGGUUUUUAGAUCAAAAACAAGCGCAGCUUUACGGACAAACUCUGUGGCUUUAUAUCCCACGCUUACGCGCCCCUUCACCUCCGAAGACGUAUUGAUUAGGAGACGGUAAAGCUCACCGGAAGUUGUCUUUUCGAAAACUCAACAGUUUAUUGACUCUGCAGACUGCACAUGUUUCGAAACAACAUAAAGCAUCGCAUCAGUCCUGUGACUUGUUCCUCAUGAAUAAAAAUGCCACCGGUUUCA